GACCUUGCCGCACAGAUUCUCGAUCAGAUCGCCUUCUAUGUCGAUAACGACCGGGACUUUAUGAAUCUUGCUUCCUCGAGUCCCUUCUUGGCACAGUCUCUCAUCCCAGCAGAAUCGGCUAUCUGGAAGAAGCGUUUUCUGUCAUUGUACGACGUCCCACUGGUGGAUGAGCACGCUCAGUAUGCCGUCGCCUAUCAGUUGCGCCGCUUCGUCUUGUCUCGCUGGGUUACCUUCCGCAAUCCUGAUGAUGCGAGACUCAAGAUCCAGAUGGAUAAUUUGAGGAACAUGGUCAUUGAAACAUACCUUCCAGAAAAGCCGCAUCUCCCGGUCCCGACAACAUCUCGAAACCUGGCAGCAUUUGAGUCACCACAGACCUCGCCAUGGAUGCUCAAGUUCCUGUCGACGGCUUUGUUUCCAGGCACCACUCGUCGAGCCAAAUUUGGCCAGCCACAACCCCUCUUCGAUGCUCUCCAGGUCUGUCUCUCGCAUUUACUGCUCUCUCCUGCCUCGGAGAUGGCCAAUCAAGUGGACUCAUCGAGAGCAGAUUACAAUCUCGUUCGUGUCUACCAUUGGAAUGAAGCAUUUUCCACACUGUAUCGACGUGUUCAAAGGAAGUCUAAGAAGUCUAAGAAGGCUCACAAGUGUCAGAAGCCCCCCCAGCUCAAAGAUCGACGUUCCGCAGCUCCAGAGCCACCUGAGUUCAAAUUGGAGGUUGACAUGCACACUCUGCUCCAUAUUCGCAACUUCUGGCACCGACACUUGAUUGACAGCACCAAGGCCCUCGCCAAGUCGAAUUGCCGCUGGACCGGUGAAGAUACUUAUUCCAAAAUGGCAAAUAAGCUGUUGCAGGUGGGAAUCACUCCAAAGAAAUGGGACAAGCCAUUGAGAAGCGAGCCGUCUCCGGUGGCCACGGAGUGGCAUGGUCAUUACAGCUGUAUCCACCCCUGGCCAAAGAACGUUCGAGAUCUGGAGGAACGCCAAACAUGUGCUGAAGAUUGGAGUUUUGUUGACCCGUUGAAACUCGAGUUCUCAACGAGCCAAAACAACAUCAAAGACGGCCUUUGGCCACCGAUUUUCUCUUCGAUCCCGGCAUUCGACACCACCAUCCCGGCCCUCGACACUGACAGUAGCACCUGCACCAUGAUCCAAGGCCUCGCGACCUUUAUCGACCUAUCAUCCGAUACCACCAGCACCAACAAGAGAAAAUCGACAGGUAAACAGCCCGCCUUGACUCUCCCAAAGCUACCGAAAUACCAUCCCUUUCUCUCCCUCCGGCUCCGCGGCGUCAUCCACCCUAUUCCCGAUCAACCACCACCUCCUCCCCCGCCACCGAGCAAGGAACCAGACAACAGCGGCGAGAAAGGCAAGGGCAAAGCAGAAGAAAAAUACGUCGAAGACGAAGACAAGUCCAUCCCCGGCUGGCGAAGAAUCGUCAUGAUCAUGUACAAGCCGACCAAGCGCUACAUGAUCCAGGUGCUGGAAUAUGCAGAGGAGAACUUCGGCGACGCUUUCGGCCCGGCCAUCUCGACCCUUUUGACUCAGAACGCCACCACUCAAACCGGCCAAGCCCCUGAUGCCAACGCCCAUUCCAAUGCCAGUGGGAGCGGCACCAGCCAGCCAGCCCAACCAGCAUACGACAGCGAGGAAGCCGAGGCGCAACUCGAAGCAUACCUCACUAAGAAACUGCUGUCCAAACCGGAAUGGCGCUCGGCAUCGGCCAUGACCCGCGCGAAAAUCGAAGACAUGGAGAACCGCUUCCGCGCCGCCUACGCGCUCGACUGGCUCGACAUGGAGUACGCGUAUGCAUACGAGGGCGUGAUCAUCCCCGGCGGCAAGAUCAUGCUGGGUCGCUGGUGGCGCUGUGGCUUGCUUGGGGAGGGACCGGGCAAGGAGUUGAAUCCGGACGGUGGACCAGUUGAGCCUACUGAUGACGAGGGU